ACAACAUCUCUUGAUCACCAGCGUCGACGAGCAAAGUUCAAUAUGUCGGCAGCUGUAAUGACUCCACCGCAGAAUGACUCUGGCCUACAUAUCUACCAAGAGGAAACGGUCUCGUUCAACCUCUGAAAACCGCGACGACGAACCGCCAUCAGCUCGGCGAAGGUCAAAUUCUCCUCCACCUCCACGGUCAAGACUGGACCUUCCUAGAGUCAGCGAUGUUGACCCUGUCCGCCGGGCUGAACGUGAACGCCAGUUAGCUGUUCGUGUUGCUGCCAUGGAAUUGGAAAAGGCGGAGAAGGCAAAAGACAACCGGAACGAAAAAGAGUUUGAUGCCAAGGCCGAGUUUGCAAAGCUUGUUGGAUCUCGCUCGGGAGGAGUGUAUCUGCCUCCCGCACGGCUUCGCGCACUGCAGGAAGCCGCUUCGAGCGACAAGGCCAGUCCAGAGUAUCAACGACUUUCAUGGGAUGCCCUUCGAAAAUCAAUCACUGGUAUUGUCAAUCGUGUCAACAUCGUCAAUAUCAAGGAGGUUGUGCCGGAGAUGUUCGCGGAGAACCUCAUCCGUGGUCGUGGGUUGUUCGCAAGGAGCAUCAUGAAGGCCCAAGCUGCCAGUUUACCCUUUACGCCAGUGUUCGCUGCACUCGUGGCAAUCAUCAAUACAAAGCUUCCUCAAGUAGGAGAAUUACUCCUCACUAGGCUUAUAAGCCAAUUCCGCCGCGCCUUCAAAAGGAAUGACAAGAUCGUUUGCCACUCUACCACGACGUUCAUUGCACAUCUCGUGAACCAGGCCGUUGCUCAUGAAAUCAUUGCUCUCCAAAUCAUCGUUCUUCUUGUCGAACGACCCACCGAUGAUUCGAUUGAAAUUGCCGUUGGUUUCAUGCGUGAAGUUGGUGCAUUCCUCGCAGAAAAUUCUCCAAAAGCCAAUGCCACCGUAUUUGAGCGAUUCCGUGCAGUGCUCAACGAAGGCAACAUCAGUCAACGUGUGCAAUACAUGAUCGAAGUAUUAAUGCAGGUCAGAAAGGACAAGUACAAAGAUAAUCCUAUCCUCCCUGAGGGCUUGGAUUUGGUUGAAGAAGACGAGCAAAUCACUCACGAGAUACAGUUGGAGCAAGACUUGCAAGUCCAGGAGGGCCUAAAUAUCUUCAAGUUUGAUCCUGACUAUCUCAAAAAUGAGGAACGGUAUAAAGAGAUCAAAGCCGAAAUUCUGGGAGAAGAUGAUGAAGAGUCUGGGUCAGAUGAGUCUAGCGAUGAAUCAGACGAUGAGGAAGUUGCUGAGACCAAGGAAGGCAUUGAAGAUCGCACGGAAACAAAUUUGGUAAAUCUUCGCCGGACAAUAUACCUGACGAUCAUGAAUGCCCUGGUAUACGAAGAAGCUGUCCACAAACUGUUGAAGAUACAGCUCGAGGAGGGUCAAGAGAUUGAAUUGAUCAACAUGAUCAUCGAGUGUUGCUCUCAAGAAAGGUCGUAUUCGGCGUUUUAUGGACACGUUGGUGAACGGUUCAGCAAGCUUAACCGCGUUUGGACCGAUUGCCUGGAGACUGCAUUUAGAAAUUACUACAGCACGAUUCAUCGCUACGAAACAAACCGCCUGCGUAACAUUGCCCGAUUCUUUGGGCAUCUUUUGGCCACCGAUUCUAUUUCUUGGGCAGUUCUCGAGUGUGUCAAGAUGAACGAAGAUGAUACGACGUCGAGUUCUCGUAUCUUUGUUAAGAUAUUGAUGAACGAGAUGAUGGAGAGCAUGGGACUGAAAGCGCUGGCCGAACGGUUCAAGGAUCCCGAGGUGAAGCAUGCUUGCCAGGGGAUGUUCCCUGUUGAUGUACCCAAAAACACUCGGUUCGCUAUCAACUAUUUCACCAGUAUUGGUCUUGGAAUCGUCACCGAGGAUAUGAGAGAGUACUUGAAGAAUGCACCCAAGCUCAUCAUGGAACAACGUCGGGCCAUGCUCGAAGCGGAAUCCUCGGAUUCGGAUUCGUCCGACUCAGACUCAGAUUCUUCGGACAGCUCAUCCGAUGAUUCGUCGAGUGAUUCAUCGAGUUCCGUGGAUUCUCGAAGGAAUGAUCGUCGGCGUCGGCGUAGUUCUACACCUCCUCCUCGUCGUAGACGUUCCACUUCUGAAGAUUCAAGAACGCCGCCGCCGCGUCGGAGACGUGACAUCUCGCCGUCUCCUCGUCGUGCACGUUCCCCUCUAUCCCCCCCUCCUUCGCCGAUCUGAUGGAUACAGACGGGGCGCGUCUCCAGAUAGUCGCCGUCGUCCAUCUCCUUCACCCCCUCCUCGAUCUCGAUACAGGUCACGUUCCCGUUCCCCGCAACGAGACUCGAGGCGUAUGUCUGUAUCUCCGCCACCGAAACGCAGUAGUUACGGACGGCGAGAGACAGAAGGGCGGAGGAGGAGCUCUCUAUCCCCCCCACCAGGGCGGAUGCCUCCUGCGGAUAGCCGCGAUCAGUAUCAACGACGGCGAUACUAGUUUCUCCGUAUUGCAUUUCGUUCGUCCGUGUUUGAAGCAUACCAAUAGUUCCAUUGC